AUGCGACCUUCGAAUUUACCCUCAACUCCCCAGACUCCUUCGCCAGUACCUCGACAAACUGAACAGAUCACCCAAUCUCGUCAGCUCGAGAAACAUAAACAUAACCCCCUCGGAGCUUACCCAACUCCGCAAUCCUCUUUGGAUGUCACAUCGCCUUUGAGGUCCCAUUCGACGACAUCCUCUACUAGGACAAACACGUCAUCGACUGAUGAACGCUCCCAAGAUGGUCAAGGGGAAGACGACAACAUCGGAUCGUACCUUGAAGCGCACGAUCGACUUCGACACCUCUAUCCCAAUGAAGAGAAGGUACCCUCUGCGAGACUUUGUGUACUCGGUGCCCAAAGUGCUGGGAAAAGUAGCUUUUUGAGUAGCUUAACCAACCUCGACCUGUACUGUGCAGAACGACGAGCGACUUGCUGUCGGAUCUUGAUCUCAUCUCGGAGAGGGGGUACCUCUUUCUCAGCCGACGUUCAGAUUGUCAUCCUUCACCCCGGAACGGAGCGAGCCGAGGUCAUACCCUUCGCCUCUUCAAUCACCGACGAGGGUCAGAUGGGUCAAAUCUGCAACUGGGCGGGCGAAGAAGCCAGAAGAGCCGAUGGAGGAUACCAAAUUGUCCGAUCUUGGUCUCAAGUGAAGACUCUGAGCACUGAAGAGAGGAUUAUAGGAAGGUCAGGCUGGGCCGAAUUCACCAAGAACGUCGUGAUCAUCAAUGUCAGAGGUCCCAGCAGACCAAACUUCGACAUUGAAGACCUUCCUGGCCUCAAUGGUCAUCCUAUACCUCAAAAACUCGUAUCCGACUGCAUCUCCCAGUCGCAAAACAUCAUCGUGCUCUGCCUAUCAGCUGGGUCCAAGGAUGCCUCGCCGGCUGAUCCGGAGAUUCAACUCGCUCGGAAGUACGAUCCUACGGGAGAACGUACUAUCGGUGUAAUCACUCGAGCUGAUCUCAUGGCCGCAUCAAUGGACGAAGAAGGCUCGACUUUUGUCGAUUACCUAUUGGGAACCGGUGCUCAUCUAGGUGAUUUCAUCCCUCAGGGUGGUUGGUGGCCUCUUCGUCUGAGAAGUCAUAAAGAACGAUCUUCUGGCACAUCACUUCAUCAAAUCCGACAAAAAGAGGUUGAACUGUUCUCGGAGGACGAUUGGCUACAGAUCCAGGAGAAAGCUGGUAGGAACUUCGGGAUCGGUGAAUUGGAGAAGAAGCUGGAAGUGUUGUUUGGGGCGAAAGUCAGAGAAACGAUUGUCAUACUCAAGACUAGUCUUCGCGAGUCCAUGCGAAAUCAUAACGAUUGGCUGGUCGAGAAUCCCACGAUCCAAGAUCCAAUAGCCACACUACAUGAUCAAGUGAUAUAUCAAUUCUCGAAUGUAUUGAAGGGCAGGAUCGAAAGAUCUAAUGCUUCUGGGAAGCUUGUCGAUCUACAAGAAGAGCUCGAGCAGGUAAUCCAACGAGCCGUACCGGAAUUUGUGCCCUUCACCAAAGACGAGUCCGAAGAAAAUGGUACAUAUCAAUCGUACUGUAAGACCAACGGAAUUGUAGUUGAAAAGGAAGACACAGUCUAUCUGGAUACUCUAGCAGAGAUGAUCAAAGGCGUCUCGAGCAGAAGAGAACCUGGAGUAAUAGAUACUACCACGAUCACCCAAGCCUUUGUCGACAAAUAUACCGCAAGAUGGAGAACUUUGGCUAAUCAACAUAUCGAUCAAUUAUGGAGAGAAGUUGAGGACAUUCAACGAAACGUCAUCAAAGAGAUAUGUGGGAACAAUGCGAUCUUGUCUGAAGAGGUUUCGAUGAAACUCGAAGAUCUCGUGACUUCUCUCAAAAUCGAUUCGAUGUCAUUCAUGAAUCAAAUGUGUAGGAUUAUAACCUCUCCGCUAUCCCAUUCUGGUAGAGGUUACGCUCAAGGCUAUCAAAGCGCCCUCAAACGAGCUAUCGAAGGAUAUUCGAGAUUCCUACAACCAUCAACAGGCGUUCAUCGACGAGAAGUAUCAACGAGCUCCUCAAUUCCAUCCCAAACGAAUAGCUCAGUACCGAAUAUACCUUCUGAGAUAUACUCUAAGACCGAGAGAGAACAGUGUACAGCGCUCCAAGCCAAAAUCACUGUGUUGAUGAUGAGCAGAGCUCUUGAGUUCUCAUCAUCAGUAGGUGAACAUGCUCAGGAGUGUGUGAUGGAAUACCUAGAGAAGGUGAUCCCUACUUUGAGGAAGAAGAUGGGUUUAGAUCAAGUCGUCGAAGAUGUUAGAAAGAGAGCGGGCGAUCUGUUCGAGAAUGAUAGGAAAAAGAAGAGAGAAAGAGAGAGGGUCGUGGGAGAGAUGAAGAAGCUCGACGAAAUUCAACAACAUCUGGAGAGGAUUGUUCAUGCUUGA